AUGAAUGAAGACACUAUUCUAGAAAAGUCUGUAGUAAACAAAUUCUUUAAAAAUAUUAAACAAAGGUCAUUAAAUAAUAUCUGUACAGAUUGUAGUAAAUGUUCUCCUAUAUGGGUAUCUUUAACCUACUCAUUUUUUAUAUGUUCAGAUUGUGCUGUUAGACACAGACAAAUGGGUGUAAAAAAGAGUGUAGUGAAAUCUACACUUCUUGACAAGUGGAAAGUUGGGGAAUUAAGACGUGUAUGGGUAGGAGGAAAUAAAAAUAAACAUAAGCUUAGUGAUAAUAGAGAUAUUUUUGUAAAAUACAAAGAUGCUGAUUUUCUAGUUGAAGAAUUAGAUGUGCUGGUAGAAGAAAGCAUAGAUAAAGAUAAAUAUGAUUUUUUAAAUAUUGAGGAAUUAAAAAAUAAUAUUGUUAUAGGAGAAAUUAAGGAGGAGCCUCUUCCUAAAUUUGGUGAUGAGUGUGAGCAAGUUACUAAAAAAACAGAAAGUAGUAAAAAGAUGGAGAGUAGAAAAACAGAAAAUGUAUGUAUUAUUAGAAAGAAAAAUAUACCAAUUUUAAGUAAAAAUAAAAAAUUUGUGAUUGAAGAUGAAAGCAGGCUUGGAUUUAUAACUAAAUAA